AUUUGGUUGCCUUGACAACCUGGUACUGUUGAUGGUCGUCAGGACUUUUCUUCUUCUUCUUCUUCUUCUUCUCCUUCAUCAUCACUUCUUCUUCUUCUCCUCCCUGACCGAGCCGCAUCGCCACCGCCCACCAUCCUCCAGGAAAUGACCCGAGCUGCUGGAAGAGGAGCCGCCUCAUUCCGCUGAGUCCACCCGGCUCCAGAGCGCUCAGUGCGGGGGACAGACGCCUGUUGUGUAACCGCAUCACCGGUAGUUCGGCCUCAGCCAGAGAAGUUCGCUCCUCCAUCACCGCCGAGCCUCCACCCUCCUCCCGCCCGGUUCACAGCCACAUCACCGCAGACUUCACCCGCGGCCUCACCCGGACCCUCGCCACCAUGUCCACGCAGAUCGACAAGGAGGCGGUGAGAGAAGCUUACAACGACGUGAGGGACGACAACACGGACACCAACUGGGCUGCGUUCAAAUACGAGGGCGUCAUGAUCGUACCUGCAGGACAAGGCACCGACUAUGAGGACUUCAAGAUGAUGUGCACAGAUGACGCUCGUCUGUUUGGCUUCAUCCGAAUCACGACGGGAGACGCCAUGAGCAAACGAGCCAAGUUCACCCUCAUCACCUGGAUCGGCGAGAAUAUCAGCGGCCUGCAGCGCGCCAAGAUCAGCACCGACAAGACGCUGGUGAAAGACAUCGUGCAGAACUUUGCGAAGGAGUUCAUGAUCAGUGAUCUGAGGGAGCUGGACAUGGCCUACAUCCGCACGGAGCUGCAGAAGGCCGGCGGAGCCAACUACGAUGCUCAGGCCGAGUAGAGAAGCGCCACGUUCCACUGGAAGUGUCGGGGUCGGGGUGGGGGUAUGGAGGGACAGGGGGUCGG